AUGGCGCGACGCGUCGGUGUGAAAGGGCACCUGCCGUGGUUUGCCCAGCCCAGUUGGCUCCAGGAUGCCGUGGUUGGCCUCGUCCACGGCUACACGGGCCAAGUGGCGGCGCGGUGGCAUGUCGUUCCCCGGGGGUUCAUGGUGUUUGGGACGCUGUGGGACUCGAUUGAGCUGGACUCGGCGCAAGACCAGUUCGACUUGGACAUGGGGCCCGUGUCGUCGUUCCCCGUCCGCAUGUUCCGCGAAGGCGGUGUGUUCUCGCACGACGAGCGGCGAUGGAUUCGCGAUGGCAUCUGCGAGCGCAUCCUGCAGCUUCGCGCGACGACCACGAGCCAACCGGACCGGUCGUUUUUGAAUUCGUUCACGUACAUCCACUACGACGUCGUGGAUGCCGCGAGCCACCGGUUUCAGUUUGCCAUGCUGUAUUCCGAAGGCAACGAGGAAGGCGACGCGUCGGGCUUUUACGCAGUCGUGUGGCACCGCCAGACCCACCAAGUGGUCGCAACGUGCUCUGGAGACGGCAACGUCGGCCAUACGUUCCUGCAAUGGCAUGACGCGUGGCUCACGCACACAUACGUGCCCCACGAAGGCCGGGGGUUCAUGCCAACCAUGACCCGGAACUGCAUCCUCCGAACCAAGAAGAUGCAGAGAAAUACCGGGUGGAGCUUGCUCAUGGAGUACUUGAACUCGACCGACAGUCGCCGCGGGCUCUACUUUAGCCACACGCGCCACGAACUCGAGCGCCUCGUGCCCGUGGCGGCCAAGCUGGCGCAUCCGUCUAAGUGGUGCUUGUUCCCGCAGCCGAUUCCACGGUCACUCGUCGUGGAUGUGGCCGCCAUGUACUUGCGAAAUUUGGACAUUUGGAACAAGAAGGUCGUGUCGAGGGUGCCCAUGGACGUGUGGCACGAAGUGGCGUCGUAUUUGGGCGAGUUGGUGUUUUGGGAUCACACGUGCAAGUCUCUCGGCCAAGACUAG